CUGCUCGUGAUAGUAAUGCUCUGGAGAAUAAGAGCACAACAUUGCGCAGGAGCUGCUCAGCAUAAACACACAUCCUGCACUCUUCGUGUUCUUCAACAGGAAAAAGAGAAUUCCCUUCAUUAUGGAGGAAAAUAUGGUUAUUAUGGAUGAACUUUGCGAAAUGGAUUGCAACGUUUUGAAAAGGUUGUUGAAGGACGACAGUGCGAAAUGCCUGGUGCUGGACUGCAGAUCAUUUUUGGCGUUUAGCGCUGGACACAUUCGGAGCGCAGUGAAUAUUCGCUGUAACACAAUCGUGAGAAGGCGAGCGAAGGGCUCGGUGAGUUUAGACCAGAUUCUGUCGAGUGAUGAAGAGGUCAAAGCCCGGCUGAAAUCAGGACUGUACUCCGCUGUGAUCCUCUACGACGAGAGGACGCCCGACAUAGACACUGUUAAAGACGAUAGCACAAUCACUCUGGUGCUCAAUGCAGUGUACAGAGACACAUUUGGAACUGAAAUAUUUCUACUAAAAGGGGGCUACGACAGAUUUUUCACGGAGUAUCCCGAGUUCUGUUUGAAGACCAAAACGUUAUCUUCGUUCUCUACCCUGUCCAGUUUGGACGCGUGUUCUUCCUGUGGAACUCCACAGACGUCCCACCAUGACCAGGCUGGUCCAGUGGAGAUUCUUCCCUUCCUGUACCUUGGCAGUGCCUUCCAUGCCUCCAAAAAGGACAUGCUGGACGGUAUGGGCAUCUCUGCCUUACUCAACGUGUCCUCUAACUGUCCCAACCACUUCGAGGGGGUUUACCAGUACAAGUGCAUUCCUGUGGAGGACAACCACAAAGAGGACAUCAGCUCCUGGUUCAUAGAAGCCAUUGAGUUUAUCGACUCUGUGAAAGACUCCAACAGACGUGUGCUGGUGCACUGCCAGGCGGGCAUCUCUCGCUCUGCCACCAUCUGCCUCGCAUACCUGAUGAAGAAGAAGCGUGUUCGGCUAGACGAAGCCUUUGAGUUCGUCAAGCAGCGCCGCAGUAUCAUCUCCCCCAAUUUCAGCUUCAUGGGUCAGCUGCUGCAGUUCGAGUCCCAGGUGCUGGCCACAUCAUGCGCGGUGGAGGCUGCCAGCCCCUCGGCAGCCAGCCUGGGCCCCAAGUCUUCCUCCAGCCCUACGUCGCCCUUCAUCUUUAGCUUUCCCGUCUCCGUGGUAGCACAUGGCCAGCCCAGCAGCCUGGCCUACCUGCAAAGUCCAAUCACAACCUCACCCAGCUGCUGAUGCCCCACCCCCACAAAGACUCACUGCCCCAUUCCUCUCACUAUCCAGACCAGAGAGAGAGAGGUUAUCUUCUCCUACCUGGUAUAAGCUGAAAUGUCCAUUGACAAUGAAACACUGAGGGCGCCUAUCCUGCUGCCUGACACAAAAGACUGUAUAGAAUAUGGCACUCACACGUACACCUUCAUCACUAUACGGUGACUAAUAAAUACACUCUUUCAUAAAACAGGCUAAAGAACAGAUGCAGUUCCUGUGUUUUAGUGUGAAGAUUCUAAGUUGUUGUCCACCUUUUCCAUUUCCUGUGGAGUUUUCCAAAGCCACUCCGGUCCUGUUGAGAGGGCUGAAUGGCCGUGAGCAGAGAUGCAGAGAAAACGAAAGAGCAAAGAGGGGAGGGGGAGAAAGAGAGUGCUCAGUCAUUUAGUGGCUUCCUGAUGGAGCGCAGGAGGCUCUUCAGUUGUGACAGGUGCUUGCUAGCGUCCUGUCCGGCUUCCUGUCCCUGACAUCCCCAUCCUCUCUCCCACACGCCCCCUCCUCUUCUGGAGCAGGACUGCUGAUGAAUGACUGAAUAAAAGAGUCACCCCUACUGAGGAGGAGAGGCCGCUGAGAUGGAAACACUAGCUUUCUGAGACAGUGCCAAAUGAACAUCUGAACCCCUACUACACUGCCCGGGCAACCCCUGGUGUUCCAUGUAGUAAUAAACUCGGUCGGAAGGACAGAUAUGCUUUUGAGGGGAAAGGGGGUCUAGUCAUUUCUGUUUUUUUUGUUCAGUGCCUUGUUCAGAGAAGGUAUAGGAUGUUUUUCCCAGCGCUUUUGGAUGUGCUCAAGCGCCCUAGCGCCUUUUCUUUCCAUACAGACUGUGGCAGAUAAACUGGCAAAUCUCUAAACAGUAACAACUUCAAGUCAGCACUGCAAUACAGACAAUGUAAUCCGAUCCGUUCCUCUCCCCCAAGUAGAGCAAUAAUGCGUUUCUCUCUCUUCCCAGUUUCCGCCAAAGUACUACAUUGUGUUGUGUAUUUAUAAUCAUGUUUUUAGCUUCAUAUGUGUGUAUUCGCUAAUCGAUAAAGACCGGAUCAUUGAGAAGUGCUGUUUGCCUUACCAAUAAUGAUUUUUUUCUAAUUCACCAGAUAAGAAUGUUGUUAUUUUUCAUUCCUGUAUGGAGGCAUAUUGUUGUCUGCUACAUAGGUACUAUUUCUGUUCAGACCAUGGAUGCUGAUUGGUCUAAUGCUUGUUGGAGGAGGGAGUUAGUUGGGAACAGACCUAUGGCUUGUUUCUUUGUCGUAUCACUGUUACUCCACCAAUGUCUAGUAGAUCCAGACUACUUUCUAAACUUGCCAAAUGCACAAUAACCAACAGGGACAAUUUCCCGGCUACGCACAAACACCCCUAAAAAAAACAGGCACACUGGAAUGUCUGACAUCACUGGGAAAAAAUAUAUAUGAGAUGGUAGAAAACUGCUAGUGUGUGCUGCCACUGAACUGAUUCAUGUGAAAUGGUUAGUUUUUCUUCUCAUUUCAUUCUCUGAGUGAAAAUAUUGCCUGGAAGUGCUGGCCCAGGCGACGAUCAGAGCCAGGAGCAAAGGCUUUUGGGAAAACAGGAUUUUACUCCCCUCCUCUUUUUGAAGAAUGCUGGCACCUUUUAUAGAGCACUUUUUAGUGAUGCAAUACCGUAUUAUAACUUUGAAUUAAUUUGCACAUUAUUAUUACUAUGAUACCAGGUGGUAACUGAUGACACCCAUAAUGUGCUUUUGUUCUUGAACGAGGGUGUGUAUGUAAAUGAUAUGAAGAUGAGAGGCGUUCUCUGGUCCACAAUCAUUGAACAAUGCAAUACUUUCUACCUGUGUCAAGUGAAAUGCUGUUGUCUCAUCAUGGCAAUAUCAUUAAUCAGGUUGACUUUAAAAAAAACUUUCCCCAAUGUUUUUGUUGAAUUGUAUAUGCUUUAUUUAUUCCUAAAAUUCCAUUGUGAAAUACAACAAUGUUCUUAAAAAAAAGAACAUCUGUGUCUUACUUGCAUGAAACAUCAUACAUGGUAUCUGGGAGGGACUACAGAAAGGAUUCACACCCCUAGACACCCCAGCCUACACACAAUACCCUAUAAUGGCAACGUGGAAUUAUGUUUUUCCAGAGUUUUACAAAUUAAUAAAAAAUGAAAAGCUGAAA